AUGGCGGCCAACCAUGUUAGCAUAUUUAUUGGUGUUCUGACAACCAUUCAAGUGACUGUUGCCCUUGAUUGUUUUCAAUGCCAUGGCGUACAGGAUCCGGCUGACUGCCAUUUUGUGGACGCUUGUCUUGAUUCAGAGAUAUGCCAUACGGAGAAAUACGGAAGCGGUGCCAGUGUAACCUACAACUUUGGCUGUAAAGCUAGAGAGAUAUGUCAGUCCAACAACCUCAUGGUGGAUCAACAAACUGUCCUCGUUUCCACCAUCGUUGGACGGCGUUCAUUGGUAAACAGGGCUGGUUCCCGGCUUGGCAAGCGAGAUAUAUGUGAGCUGUGCUGUGACGAAUUCGCCUGCAAUAAACACCUGUGCCCUGAUCCACCUGCUGUGAAUACCACUGUGGAACCAUUGACAACCACAAUAACGAUGACGGAAACAUUGCCAAUGACAACAACAACGCCCAUACCUGAUUCCACUGAGAAAGCCACCUGCCACGACGAAGCGUCACAUUGCGCUGACGUCAAAAACGUCGUUUGCAACGACGUUUCCCUCAUGCUGAGCUGCAAGGAAACGUGCGGUGUAUGUGCGCUGUUAACACAGAUUAGCACCACGCCACCAACAGCAGCGACUAAGAUCAGCACCACGCCACCAACACCAGCGACUAAAAUCAGCACCACGCCACCAACACCAGCGACUACAACAACAUCGCCGUUAUCUGUAACUACUGGUUCAAUCCUUGAUAACCUGACUGUGUGGUCGAGCUGGGGUCCUUAUGAAUGCAGCACUGUGUCCGGAGUCUGUAUCAUGAUAAAGCACAGACAAUGUCUCUAUGGAAACUGUGCAGAACAGACGUUCGAAAUCCAACCAUGCGAUACAAAAAAUUGUCAGGCGGAAGUGUCAACUACAACUACAACGACAACGACAACUACUUCACAUACACCAACUACUUCCAAGCCUAAAACAACGACACAUCGACAUCCUCUUCAUCAUAUCACUACAAACAUACCAGCCAUGACCUGUAGUGCUGGCUUCACGAAAAUAACCGGCGAUAAUGUGGCCAUGUGCAUACUGGUUGCACAAGAGCUAGGGCAUGAACAUGGGCUAACAUGGGAAGCAGCAAAGAGCCACUGUCAAAACAUUGGGGGGAGACUUGUCGUGCUGGAUUCCUCCGCCAAAAUACAGAUGCUCAAACAGUAUCUACUUGCAAACGUCCACAAAGAAGGUCGUGAAGGGCCCCAGUUCUGGAUUGGAGCCAAAGACUUUGCCGGCAGUAACGUGUUCAAUUGGGUGUCAAAUCAACAAGCCGCAAUCACUGUGACGGACUGGGCUCCGGAACAACCCAGCAACACAGGGCCCCACCACCAGGCUCAGGACUGUAUCGCGGUCAAGGCCGAACAUAAUUAUCAAUGGGACGACCAGGAAUGUAACCAUGCACACGCCUACAUCUGUGAACAAGUGUAGGCUGGUUACACACAUGUUUGCGAGUUUAUAUUUGGACACUGGAUCGUUUCCUUUGUUAUCUAGUUGA